UACAGUUCGUCUGUAAUAAAAUUACACGUUGACUAUGAUACAAUAUAAGAUAAAAAAAAUCACAAACAGAAAUGCAAUAGUCUGGCCACCUUUAGGUAUUUGUAGAAAACAUAUUAUUAUGCCACCGUCGAUAAGUAAUCGAUUAAGUUUAACAACUAUUGAUACAACACAAGAAAUACGUCAGUGAAAGCAAGAUUAUGACAAUUCACAAUUUGUACAUAUUUUCCAAAAAUGGAACAUUACUGUAUUAUGCCGAAUGGAAUAGGUUGAACAAAUCUGGAAUCACGAAAGAAGAGGAAGCAAAAUUGAUGUAUGGAAUGUUAUUUUCUAUUAAAUCGUUUGUAAGUAAAAUAUCUCCACUGGACCCAAAGGAAGGAUUUUUGUAUUAUAAAACCAGUAAAUAUACCUUGCAUUAUUUUGAAACUCCAUCUGGAUUAAAAUUUGUGUUAAAUACAGAUAAUGCUACACAAAAUGCUAGAGAAUUGUUACAACAAUUGUACAAAGAGGUUUACUUAGAAUAUGUUGUAAAGAAUCCUCUGUGUCAAUUAAAUGAACCUAUCCAAAGUGAGUUGUUCAAAUUAAAAGUUGACGAAUUAUUUAAAAAAUCCCCCUUAUUUUUAAGCAGGUCAAUAUAG